AUGUGUGCUCGAGGAGGAGGACUGGCGAUCGCACUGUCCAUCGCAAAAGCUAUCUUUCUAAACCUGGCCGACAACAGGAUUCGCUACGAUUUUCCCGACCUAGAUAAGACGGAAUUUCAGAAUUUAACGUCCGGCUCGGGGAGCACUCUUUUGAAAACCCUGACUCCAAACCAGCAACAGCAAGUUCUCGCUGCUAUUGUGUUUGCCAUCAGUCGUGUUUUUAUCAAGUCCAUAGCCUCCGGCUGCCUUUGUCUCAUCCUAUCGCUUUUCGUGGAUCGUACGAAGCAGAAACUCGGUUAG